AAGAGCUGACAGAAGUAAAGCUGCGAGGCGAGUCAUCGAUAAAAUUCAAGUUUCCAAGAGCGUUAAACAGCACCCUUCUCGGCACACGGACACUGUAUUUAAUUGAUAGGCAUGAGAUGCCUCCGUAUCAAUUUUCCGGACUAAACCUUGAAGAAAAUACUGCCGAGAUCUCUUUUAUAAGAUAUGGAAAGGAAGUACCUGUGUCUGUGUUUUGGACUAUCGGUGGCGGUGAAACUUGUUUAAAAUUUGAAGACUUAUUACUACUUAAUUUCCAAGAAGUUAUCUCUGCACUGGUUCCAUUGUGCCAAGCAGUGCAACAUAUCAUCAUUGACUUUCAUAUGCUUAUGUUUGAUCGGUAUAUUCCUGCACAUGACACCAGACCUUUCAUUCCAAUGAGAUCAGUCCUCACCGUUUGCAUUAGCGACAUCACGUACACAUAUCCGAAUGCACCAAUCAUAUCGAUUCUCAGUGAUUGGUUUCCAAAUGCAAAGAGUCUUGAGCUAUCUUGUAACAGUGAUGAUUUUAUACACGCUCGAAAAUACAAUUCCGACCCCCCACUGUCUUCCUGGAGACAGGUAAAAUUAGACUUGCGGAACGGACACUCAAGAGACUUCGUCACUCUCGAGACCAUCUUCCUCUCCCUUUCUUCUGCCUGUCAAAACAUAGAAUCACUCUUCAUCAAAAGCACUGAAGCUUUCCAAUGGGGCAAGUCAAGCACAACCAUCAAAGCAUGUAAAUUACCUUAUCUGACUGAUAUCCAUCUUGAAUUUCGUCGGUCUGAAGAGCACUAUGCACUUCAAUUGAUAAAAGACUUGCUAUAUGACGUGAAUCCUGGUUUGAAGUUUGUCAAAGUAAAAGGUGUACAGCUAGGAAACGUAGUAUUGAACAGUGUUGAAUGGUCCCGAACAUCUUCAGAUUGUGGGUUGCAAAUUAAAGGUGCAUCAGCGGCUGUACCCAUAACUUCGUUAAUUGAUCUUACAACUAGUGACUUUAAAGAUGUUACUGUUCUUACACUUGUCAGUUGCAAGACUGAUUUCGGUCAGUCUGAAAGUAAGUCCCUGCAAAGCCCGAAGGAACUUGGUACUCUGCGGGAAAUCAGGUUCGUUGGUUCAGAAAACCCACUUUCCAAAUCUGACAGGAACAAGCUUUCGGAGUUGUAUCCUAAUGUCAAAGUGACUGAAAAACAGGAGAGUCAGGAAUCAUCUGAAGAAUCUCAGGAGGGUGAAGGAAUACCUUCCAAGUUGGACAAAGCCUCCUCUCAAUCACUCAAAACCUCUCCAAUAGAUGAACUUGCUGAGGAAAAGGUUGAAUUUCAUGAAGAUACAGGCUCAAAGAACCCUGAAGGUGGAGAAGAAGAAACCUCAUGGCAAGAAAAAGAAGAGGAAUUUGACGUCAACCAAGGAAGCCUGCCCCGUGUAUCAGUACCUGAUGAAGGAGAUGUCGAAACAACCAAGAAGGAGUGCUGCAAGAGAAUUGGAGCUGAUGGUGGUAGACUGCGGCUAAAGUCCUUUGGGAUUGAACUUGAGAUACCUCCUGGUGCAAUUGACAGCAAAGAGCCACAAGAAAUCUCCCUUCGUGUUCUGACCGAUACUCCUAAUCUUGGUGACACCAAAGAAGAGAUGUCAGUCUGCUUCGGCGUACAGUGCUUAGCUCCUGAUGACUUAGUCCUGAGGUCACCGGUGACUUACACAAUACCUCAUUGCGCUGUUGCAACCCGGUACUUCAGUUUACAGGCAGUCCUAUACUCAGGAGAGGGGAAAUACUCGCCACAUGCAGUUAUUAAGGAACGGAAAGUACUGUCAAGCUCUGGAAUACCUAGCUGCAAGAUCAUGAAGGAGGUACUCAAAAUCAAGAUGGAUCAUUUUUCGUGGGCGAAGAUUAUGAUCAGGAUCAAGAACAUCUUCUUUCGCGGAAAGAGGAUGUGUUUCGUGCCGUUUAAAGAGAAGUACUUGUCUCUGGCAAAGACACCUCUCAUCUUACAUGCCAACUUUUAUGAUGAUGUGGAAGGGAACAAAGAGGGCCUCUCUAUCAAUAGUUCAAUACUUCUGAAAACGAUGGAGAUUCUUAGAGAAGUAACACACUGGUUUUUGAUGCCUUCUUCAUCUUCUUGGAGCAAUACUGCUCCUACUCCAACAUCACACGCACCAAUAGCUACUUUGAACGGCUUUGUGAAGUUUGGAGCUACCAAAACAGGCUCAUUUACCAAAAUGGCCUUUAAUUUCUCAAAUGAUCUCUGGCAUUCGUCAGACCAAACAUACUUCACUUUUGCCUUCAGAGGACUAACCACUGUACUGUAA